AACAAUUCACGAGAUUAUUUGUUACACUGGUUCGUUAUUCUGUUACUUGUUGAUAAUUUUAUUAGGACACUUUUAACCACAACCUAACCCUCUAAAUAUGGCCGCUCUAUCGCAGCUCCUCCGCACGGCGCUUCGACCCUCGAUGCGCGCCCUUUCCUCAAAGGCUGCUCCGGCUGCCGAGCUGGGAGCCGCCCCGGGACCCAACUUCGCGCUCAGCGAUGAGCAGCAGGAAAUCGUAGACAUGACCAAGAAGUUUGUCCGGGAAGAAAUUAUUCCGGUGGCCGCCCAGUACGACAAAACCGGCGAAUACCCGUGGCCAAUCAUAAAGAAGGCCUGGGAGCUCGGGCUUAUGAAUAAUCACGUGCCCGUUGAUAUUGGUGGUACCGACAUGUCCAUCCUGACCGCAUGUCUCAUCGCUGAGGAACUGGCCUACGGUUGUACCGGAAUCAAAACGGCUAUCGAAGCUAGUGGCCUUGGACAAACUCCCGUCAUCAUCGCCGGAAACGCCGAGCAGAAGAAGAAAUACCUGGGUCGCUUGUUGGAGGAACCCUUGGUAGCUGCGUACUGCGUUACGGAACCCGGGGCAGGAUCCGAUGUGAAUGGGGUCAAAACACGAGCGGAAAAGAAGGGUGACGAAUACAUCCUCAACGGUCAGAAGAUGUGGAUCACCAACGGUGGAGUGGCCAACUGGUACUUUGUGCUGGCUCGCACCAAUCCGGAUCCCAAGGCACCCGCUUCGAAGGCAUUCACCGGCUUCAUCGUUGACCGCGAUACACCCGGAGUGACCCCAGGUCGCAAGGAACAGAACAUGGGUCAACGGGCUUCGGACACCCGAGGUAUCACCUUCGAAGAUGUUCGCGUGCCCAAGGAAAACGUGCUGAUCGGAGAGGGUGCUGGAUUCAAGAUUGCUAUGGGAACUUUCGACAAGACUCGUCCACCGGUGGCAGCUGGAGCUGUCGGUCUUGGCCAGCGGUGUCUGGAUGAAGCCUUGAAGUAUGCGUUGGAGCGAAAGACUUUCGGUGUUCCGAUUGCAGCCCACCAGGCUGUUUCGUUCAUGUUGGCCGAUAUGGCGAUCGGUGUGGAAACCGCCCGAUUGAUGACCCUUAAAUCAGCCUGGGAAGUGGAUCAGGGCCGGAGGAACAGCUACUACGCUUCGAUUGCCAAGUGCUGGGCCGCCGAUAUGGCCAACAAGGUCGCUUCCGAUGCGGUGCAAAUCUUUGGCGGAAAUGGUUUCAACACCGAAUAUCCGGUAGAGAAGUUGAUGCGAGAUGCCAAGAUCUACCAGAUUUACGAGGGUACCUCUCAGAUUCAGCGACUGAUCAUCUCCAGGAGCAUGAUCGAUAGCGCCAAGGGAAAGGCUUUGUAAGAUAGGAACGCAUGAAGGCGGUGCUUGGAGUGAAUUUUCCAUUUACAUACAAUCAGAAGAACGCGAACGACUUUAGAUUCAGUUUAAAAGAGGGAAGAUGGUCAUCCUUUCGGCGGGCAAUAAACAUACACAUAUUAAUAUUAAGUUUUACAUAAAA